AUGUCAUUUGCCAACGUGUCAAGGGAGGAAUUGGAGGCAGUGGAGUCAAGAUACCUCCUCUGCCUCAUGCCUCUCAACAUCAACCUCUUGGACGCCUUGAGGCUUGUCAUCAUCACACCAAUGCGCCUGCUCAAGCACAGGUACAACAUGUACUUCAAGGCUGAGCAGGUGACACGCCACUGCUACAGCUCAGUGUACUGCAUCCUCAGGUUGGCACAGGGCAGUUGGGCAUGCUGCCAUUACUGCCACAACCUGUUGGCCUUCUUCCACAAGGUGGAAUGGCUGAUCAGGGUGGGCAGAAAGACAGCAUUGUUUUACAAUUGCUUUGGGAUCUGUAUGCUCCAUAUUGAGCACCUGGGCCUCCUAAAGAGACAUCUGCAAUACACCUGUAUUGCCAAUGGGAUUGAGGAGGACAUCAAUGACAUGUUCAAGGCUUUCCCCCUCUUCUUGCAGGUCACCAAGCUCCUCUUCAGGGAACAGGACAGCUUCACCAACAACCUUGACAAGCUUGAGAAGCUGACCAAGAGAUGGAAACAUCUCAUGGUCAAGCUCUAUGGCGGCAUUGCCAAGCAGCAGCACAUGACAAGCUCAAAGAAGAAGCAGUCAAAGAAGCGUUCACAGACAGCCAAGACAGCAGCCAGCGACAUGACAACAAGCAGAGAGAAGCCACUGAGCUUCUCCUUUCCAAACUUCAAGGUUGUGCAACACUGGCCAGAACUGAUCUGCUUCCUCAGCCCCCCUUGGGUCCAGGACACACACCUGUGGGAGCAGCAGCACCUCACAGCCAAGACAACCACACGCCACACAAACCAGAUCAAUACCAAACAGGCAAUCCUCAUUAAGACUCAUCAAAAAGACACCAUGGUUCACCACAGCAUGUACACUGGGCUGCCAUCAACAAGCCCCAGCAAAGGCCCCUGCCAGGAGCCCUACAUGCUCACUGUGAGUGUUGCUGCUGUGGCUGACAUCAUGAGCAAUCACAAGCACAACCUCAAUGAUGCCAUUGAAUGA